AUGUAUAAGAAAACUUUUCUUGGUCGCACUUCUAGUGAAGUCGACUCUUUAGAAAUUUAAGACGGAUAUCAAGAAUUACUAGACAAUUAAAGUUUUUAUGAAUAUUAUUCUUCAAAUUCAAAUGCAAGUUCAUUUAUUGAAGAUGAAUCUAUCUCAAAAUAAUCUGUAAAUAUACAAUUAUUGCAUCAAAAUUUAAAAAAUUAUGGAACCAUGAGAGGAUUGCAUUCAAAAGUUGACAUAUCCACUCUGAAAAGAUUGAAUCAAUCAUCUUAUGUAGAAUUUGAUGAUUAGCAAAAAUAUAAAAUGAAUAUUGAUAUAAAUAGAAUUUAUAAAGGGGUUCCUGAAAAUACUACUAUUUUUGAUAAAGAAUAUGAAACAAAAACUAUAUUUCAUGAUUAACUAUAUAAUCUUGAAGACCAACGUCAUAAUAUUGAUGUUGAAAUCUUACAAUUAAAAUUUUUACUGAAAAAAACUGAAAAAUUAAAGUUAAAUAGCUAUAAUGCUUAUAAAUCUUUUGUUGAUCAAUAAAAAUUUGAAUUGAUCACUAUUCUAUAGUCAUAAAUUUUAUAACUAAAAAAUUAAAGAAACUCACUUGAAGAUAACUAAUAAUAAGAAAACACUUUAUAUUAAUUAUCUAUUGAUCAAUAAUAUUACAAUAGAUUAAGUUUUGAAAAUGAGAAAUUCUCUUCUUAAUUUAUUACUUCUUUUUAUAGAGUUAAGCAAACUUAAAUGUUAACAAAUGUAUCAUAAGCAUUUUCCAUCAAUUUUCUCACUUUUUAACCUUAAUGGCUUAAAUAGCUAGAAUAAUAAUAUACUCAACUUUAAUAAAUUUAAAAUCUAAUAAUACCACCUAUCUAAAUCUUUCAAUUUCAACAUUCAAAUGUAUUGCAAUUUUCAUUUUUAUUAUUAAAUCUAUUAUUUAAAAAGUUACAUUAAAACUAACAUAAUAUUUGGAUGACAUUUUUAUUUAAAGAUUUUCUUUAGGCUUCAUUUUAGAUUGAAGAAUAAUAGCUUAUAUUAUUAAAUUCAAAUUUUCAUUAAAAUAUUAAUUCCUCUUUAUUUGAUGCUUAUUUUAAAUAUGUAAUCUAAGAAAGUAAUAUAUAAACUAAUGCUACAUUAAAAAAUGAACUCUAAAUUAUUCAAUUUUAAGAUCCUUCAAUAGAAUAGAUUGAGUUAUUAAAUUAAUAAACACCUCCAAAACAAAAGGAUAAAAUUAGCUUUUUUCCUGAUUUUUUAGAUAUUUAAAUCUUAUUUGGUGAAAUGAUUCUCCUUGAAAUAUUUCAUAUAUUCUUCAAUUUGUAUUUAAAUAUAUUCAGAAUCCUUAAUUUAUAAGAAUCAGUGUUAUACUUAGGAGAAUAAAUAAAAUUGAAUGAAUUAUUGCUCUAUUUAAUUAUAAGUUAACUUUAAGAUAAAAUAAAAGAUUAAGAAAUAUACACAUUUUUCAAAUCAUCUUUUAUAGAAUAAUAAGCAAUUCAACUUUAAGGAAUAUUUACACUUUUAUCAAAAUUUAAAAAAGCUUUUCUUAAAUUGGAUGAAAAUUCUAAAGAGUUAUUACUAAUUUAUACUCAAAAAUAAUUAGGAAAUAAAUCGUAAGUGAAAAUCUAGGAUGCUAAAUUAAAUUUACUUACAACCCCUGAUAAUAUUCUAAGAAAAAUAAGCUAUGAAUCACAAUAUAAAUAAUUAUGCAGAUUAUAAAUUGUGAAUAAUUUAGUCUUUAUUCAUAGCUUUAUUUUGUAAGACACAGUUUUAUGA